AAACGUUCAAGUGUUCGGUAUAAAACGUCAGUACUGGUUCACGGAUACACAUUGCAGUAUCGUCUUCGUAUCGAGACGCAACAGAUCAAGAAUGAAUUACUUAAUCGUCCUCGCUCUCGCAUCAGCGGCUGCCGCAGCACGACUUGAACAAGUCUACCUGCCUCCAAAAUUAGAUUCCAGCGGCGCUGACGCUGGUCUCCAAACACCCUUCGUCGAUUCGCAAGCGUCUACGUCAGCGAACCAGGCACAGAUCUUGAGAUACGAAAACGAGAUUGACGACCAAGGAUGGCACUACGCUUACGAAACUAGUGAUGGGACAAAAGCCGAACAGAAUGGUCGCAUCCUCCCAGGAUCGGCACCGGAAGAAGGAUCACUCCAAGUAUCAGGCGCUUUCUCCUACAUAGGAGAUGAUGGUCAAACCUACUCAGUCAGCUACACCGCUGAUGAAAACGGCUUCCAUCCAGUUGGUGCCCAUCUGCCCACACCACCUCCAAUACCCGAAGAAAUCUUGAAGAGCUUACAGUUGACUGCUGGUUCUGAAGGCCAAUAUAGCAGUCGAAAGAGCAGUUACGAUGCAGAUGCCGGAUACUAAACUGAACUCACGCCAUUUUCAAAGUGUAGUCAAACACAAACAAAGCAUUUGUACAUAUAUCAUCGUUGUAAGUGUAUGUGUUUGACUAGACGAUCGCCAUUUUUAUAGGUUUUGUAUUAAAAAUUUUAAUUC